AUGUCGUCGUCGUCUUCGGCGACGACGACGAAGUAUAGGGGAGUGCGGCUGCGCAAGUGGGGGAAGUGGGUGUCGGAGAUCCGGCUGCCCAACAGCCGCGAGAGGAUAUGGCUGGGAUCCUACGACACGCCCGAGGAGGCGGCGCGGGCGUUCGACGCCGCGUUCGUCUGCCUCCGCGGCGGCGGCGAGGCCGCCGGGAACGGGAUCAACUUCCCCGGCUCGCCCCCUGCCGUGGCGCGCACCAGCGACCCGCAGGAGGUGUACGCGGCCGCGGUGUCGCAUGCCAACAACCGGCCGCCGCCGCCGCCGUCGGCCCGAGCAACGUCGUCUGCACUUCCAUGGGAGGAAGCUCCGGUGGUGGCGGCUCAGGAGGCGGCGGCGGACAUGGCGCCCGACGUGGUGGUGCUGCCAUCGUCGCCGGUGAAUGUGCUGGCAGCAGCUGGGAGCUUCGAAUAUUGGUCGCAACAACCACUCUACUCGCCGACGGCAGCAAGCCUCGAUUUGCAGAGGUGGAUGACGGCGGCGGCGGCGGCCGAGGAAUCAAUAAUGGAGGAUGACGACGACGAAGGAACAAGUGAUGGUCUUUGGAGUUUCCACUACUCACCGACUCGUUCCAAGUGGUAA